GUCUCGCAGCCAUCAAAGAUACGAAGAAAGAAAGGAUGGACCCGAGACGAAGAAGGACGAAUUGAAGAAAGUGAAGGAAAAGGGAAACGAAGAGGGUUUAGAUGAUAAACGGCGGAAUGUGAGAGCAUAAAGAGAAGAAGAAUAUGGAGGGACGACAUAAUGACGUGGUAAUACCCAGCCCCAACAGCCGUCGGUCACGUGCAGCCGCCAAUACGUCAGAGGUCGGGGUUAGCAAGGGCGCCAGUCUGGAUUCAGCAUCGCCAUGGAAAGGGAGCGGCUCUUGGACGGCUCGGCGGGUCUUCGUUACAUAGGCACAGCGAUGCCUGAGCAAGAGACUGCAGCACCUCGCCAGUGCCGGCAAUACCGAAGGCGAUGGCUUAUGCUGGCAAUAUUUGUACUGUGCUCUACAGCCAAUUCCAUGCACUGGCUCCAAUACUCCAUUAUUGCCAACAUCAUGACACGGUAUUAUCAUGUCAGUAAUGUCGCCAUCAACUGGACAUCUAUGAUCUACAUGGUGUGCUACAUCCCAUUUGUGUUCCCUGCCUCAUGGGUGCUUGAUCGCAAGGGUCUCCGUGUGACACUGCUGUCUGGAGCUGCCCUUAUGACAACUGGAGCAUGGCUCAAAGUUCUGUCUGCAUCUCCUGAUAGUUUCUACCUUGCGUUCCUUGGCCAGGCGCUGGUGGGAACAGCGCAGAUAUUUAUAUUAGGGGUGCCAGCCCGUCUUGCUGCUGUCUGGUUUGGGCCGAAACAGGUGUCCACGGCAUGCGCUCUUGGAGUGUUUGGUAAUCAGGUUGGUGUGGCACUCGGCUUCCUGAUUCCCCCUGAAGUGGUUGGUAAUCAUGAACAGCUUGAAGACAUUGGACAUGAUCUCAAGAUCCUAUACUAUGGCAUGGCAACUGGUCCUUCAAUCAUUCUUUGCCUGGUACUCUUCUUUUUCCAGAAGGAGCCGCCACUUCCCCCCAGCCCUGCUCAAGCCACUCUGAGAUGCCAAGUUCCAAUAACAGACAAGACUGCAGACAGACAGACAUACCUGCAGUCUCUGAAGUCACUGCUCACAAACAGGAACUUUGUGCUACUUCUGCUCAGCUAUGGCAUCAAUGUGGCUGUGUUCUAUGUUGUGUCAACACUGCUGAACCAGAUAGUGCUGCUGCACUUUGCUGAAGCAGAGGAAGAUGCUGGCAGAAUUGGUCUCACCAUUGUGCUGGCUGGAGUGGUAGGAUCUGUCACUGGGGGCAUUAUCCUCGAUAAGACACAUAGGUUCAAGGAAUGCACAUUGGUGGUUUACUUCAUGGGACUGGCGGGCAUGCUGGCGUUCACGUUCACACUGACACUUGGACACAUCUGGGUGAUCUACCUGACUGGCGGGUUUCUCGGUUUUUUCAUGACGGGCUACCUGGGCAUUGGUUAUGAGUUUGCGGCAGAACUCACCUAUCCAAUUCCUGAGGGAACAUCAUCUGGGCUGCUGAAUGUGUCUAGUGAAGUGUUUGGUGUCAUAUUCACUCUGACUGGUGGGGAAAUGUUGGAUGCACAUGGGGACAUGGCUACUAACUGCACACUGACAGCUUUGCUGUUGGCAGGUCUGUCCAUGACAUUGCUCAUAGAAGGAAAGGCCCUUAAGCGCCAGGCAGCCGUGGCACUAAGGCGCUCACAUGCACAUUUGGAGCAAGAGGAAAUUCUGACCACACAGACAUGAGAGAAUUGUGGGUUCCUUAUCAUUUCAUGUUCUCAAUCAUAUGAUCUCAAUACACAAGCGAAAUCAGAUUUGUAAAGCAGUUCGAAGACCAAUAUUAUCCUAUAGAAGCAGAGUAUUGUAUCAUAACUUAUUAUAUAAAAUACUAAAUGGCACAGAACCAACUAAUAUUCUGUUCUGAAAACCAUUAAAUGUAGUAGAAAGAGAGGACACCAUUGGAGAGAAAUCCUCUUUCAUGUACUGUGUAAUGAAGGAUGCAGUUAAUUUAACUGAUUCAUAUUUAAAAUGAAAUGAGAAUUAGUGCCACGAAAACCUCAAAUCUUAUUCCCAAGUAGGAUGAUGAUGCCUGAAGUUACAAGGAACAUGCACAUUGCAACUUCCAAGAAUAAAAAUGUCUUCCUGUUUGUAGUACUGCAAAAGUAAUUUAAACAAGUUGAGGUUUUGUACCGAUCAGCCAACAUAUUGUGAUGCAACUCUAUGUUUAAAUUAUGUUGUGUGCCACAAAAUAAAAAUACGUUGUACAAGCCCCUA